UAAAAUUCACAAAGGCCGGAAAGGGUAACAGAUCGAGGAGACGAGAGAGCGAGAGAUGGGUUGUUUCGCUUGCUUCGAUGGAGGAAACAAGCAACAAAGAAGGGAAGAAGAGCGAUUGGCCUCAGCCGAAGCACGAGCUAAGGCCGCCGAAGCUGCGCAGAGAAGGCAAGAGCAAUUUGAAAAAUCUGCUGCAGGAAGAGCGGCUAAGGCACAGAUACAAGCAAAUGCAAAACAGUCUGCAAAUUCCAACAAAGGCGAACCAGUUCUAAAGUGGCAGAUGGGCGGAAGCUAAGCUUGUUGUCUUCUGGGCUACAAUUCUUAUUUAUUACAAUAAGAAUCAACUGGAUUCCCUGCAUGGCCAUUCUCUACUUCCCUAGGCAAAUGAUAAAGAAUCGAGAACCGAUGCUUUGCUUGCUUUUGGUGUUCAAUGAAUUUAUUAUUUAUUAGUAUCUGUGAGAUACAGAAAGCAAUGUACUGAUCAACCAAAAAGACCAAAAAUUAGUGGCUUAGGCGUUCUGUAUUUCAUCAUAUCAUCUAAUUGAGAUGCUCAUGGUCACAGGUUAUAUAGAUUCAUAGAAUGGUCUUUAAUAUUGCUCUA